AUGGAAGCGCUCGCAGAGAAAGGCUCCAUACCGCCCCAAGCAACAUUCCCAGAUGCUACAUGGACGCGGAUACUCUCGGACAAGCAGGGCCGCCGUCUCCCUCAAGCAAUAGCCCACCGAGGGUAUAAGGCCAAGUAUCCAGAGAAUACUAUGGGCGCCUUCACCGGCGCAGUCAACGUGGGUGCACACGCCAUAGAAACAGACAUUCAUCUCUCCAAAGACGGCGUUGUGGUACUCUCGCAUGACAAGGACCUAAAACGCUGCUUCGGCCGCCCAGACAAGAUAAUAGAGCGCGACUGGAAGUAUCUCUCACAAAUCCAGACGCUCCGAGAACCGCGCCAGCACAUGCCUCGCCUACUCGACCUGCUGACCUACCUCGCGUCUCCCGGCUUGGAGGAGAUCUGGCUGCUGCUGGACAUCAAGCUCGAUAACGACGCCGACGACGUCAUGCGCCUAAUAGCCAAAACCAUCCAGUCUGUGCGUCCAUCAAAAGCAUGGAACAAGCGCGUAGUGCUUGGUAUCUGGGCAGCGAAGUAUCUGCCGCUCUGCGCCGAAUACCUGCCCGGCUUCCCCAUUAGCCAUAUUGGCUUCUCAACGCUGUACGCGGAUCAGUUCUUCAAGGUGGAGAACGUGAGCUUCAACAUGCUGCAAGCCGUGCUGAUGGGCCCGUGCGGGGGCCGCUUUCUCAGACGCGCAGAGGCUGCGCAGAGGCCUGUCUACGCGUGGACGGUGAACGAGGAGAAGAGGAUGAGGUGGUGUAUUGAGAAGAAACUGGAUGGGGUUAUCACGGAUGAUCCGAAGCUCUUUCUGGAUGUGUGCAAGGACCAUAGUGAGUUCGCGCGGCCAGAAAGCUUCGGUUUGGGGAUUUGGCUCGACGUGCUAAGAAUUAACUUUUUUGCUAUGGUUUACGGGUUGCUUUUCAUGUGGAAGUACCGGGAUUUCAGGGUAGAGGGGAGGUACAUCUGCUAG